CAAUUAAUCUGCGGUCACGCCGAACAACUACCCAUCACAUGACAGUGAGAGCGUAGUAGGUUUUUCUCUGUGCAGUUUGUUCGUCAUAUGAUUGAAAGCCUGGCAGAAAAUUGAAAAUGUUGCAAAACUUCGUGGUUUUCUCGCUGUUUAUUGCAGCAAUUCAUGCCGCAGGCGAGUUCACUGUGCUGAACAGCCCCAAGUCGAUCAGCUUCAAGGGCAACGAUCCACUGAACAGUCAUUAUGUCGGUGAUGUGUUGUUCGCUGCCAUGGGCAAUGCCGUCGUUGGCGACUCGGACUGGAGCGGUCUUACCAUCAACGAUCCCUUCAACUUGGCUAAGGGCGUGAUUGCCGUGCAUGUUGAGGGUCUCAGCCAUGUCACCUCGGCUGGCAAUGUGAAGUCCUAUGAGUUGGUUGGUUCCAACACUGGCAACUCCCUCAAUGCUUUGGCUGCUGAGCUGGAGGCUGCCAACGAGCCUGUGUGCGACAUCAAUUUCGGACAGUACGACGAGGGUGUGCAAUCAUUCAAGGCCUGCUUUGGUUCUUCCGAUGCCCCAGCUGCCAAGCCCACCAAGCACCUGAAUCCCGCUCUGCACAAUGCCGACAAGCAGUUCCUGCAGGAGAUCGGCUACAUUAACGCUGCCUCCGAGAACUUGGCCGAGAUGCUCAAGCCCUCAAACGUGCUAAUCAUUCGUCUGUCUGUCGAUGGCAUUGCCAAGGCUCAUGGCGAGAAAUCUGUUGCUGUGGAUGAGGCCAACAAACUGCUGUCCGCUGCCAUUGGUCGCCUGUUGGCUGCCGCACAAAAAUCCAGCGACUCGGUGCUCUUCGUGCAAUCCACAGACAAGGAUGCUGCCGUCUCGCGUUCUAAGCGUGACACCAUUCAGUCCGAUAAUGCGAAUCCCUUCAAUUUGGCUGUCUACUAUAACCAAGAUUAUCCCGUCAUCUUCAACAUCAUUCUGUGGUUCAUGGUUAUCUUUGGUCUGUCCCUGUUGGCCAUCUGCUAUGCCAUUGCUGCCAUGGAUCCCGGCAGAGAUUCCAUCAUCUACCGCAUGACCUCCACAAGAAUGAAGAAGGACAACUAAAUUAGUUGGUGGUAAAGAAGAAAACAACUAACCACAAAUCUACCUUCUUUGUUAUCUCGCCCCAUUUCUAUGUAGCGAAAAGUCAACUAACUUUAUUACGAAUGUACUGUUCUACUAUUUCAAAUCUAAUUCAAAUUAGCGGAAAAAUUGUGUGUGCGUGUUGUGUGAGAGCAGUUGUGUGUAGUUGACUUGGAUAUUAACACCAUCCCAUAUAUAAGAGCUAUAAAUAAGUAUUACAAACUUAUUAUUUUUAAAUGCAGUUCAGUAAUUCCAUUAUUAUCAGCUAUAAUAAUUUGUUAUAUUUUUGUGUUUGUUGUGCUUUUUAGGUUCAAGUCAUUUCUGUAUAUCAAAAACGAAAAACUAUGUAAAUUAUCACAUGUAAAAUGUUAAUAACUUACCGUUAAAUAAAUAUAACCUAAAAAGUC